CUCUUGUGGACGAAUCCGCGCGCAACAUCAUCCAUUCUGCCUCCCAUAAGCGCUCCGGAGAGAUUGAAGGAACAGAAGAAGAAGAAGGAGAAGAGAUGCAAGAGACGCGAAGUGAGAGUUUGGCGCAACUUUGAUGAAGAGCGGAGCGGAGCCUCAUCCAGGAUCUGUCUUUAUUUAAACCGAUGCCAAACCAAACAGCAUCACCUAAUCUCCAUCAUCUCCUGGAUCUUAUAAUAAAACAUCACGAAUCUGCUCAACUCUCGCUAAGGAUUGAUUUGUAUUAACAAUAAGAUUGUGUUUGUGUGAUCAACCAUGAUCCUGAAUGCCUCAGACCUGGGCUGGGAUGAGUCCUCAGGUGCUGAACCCUUGUUCCCGGUGGACCAGCCGGACAGCCCACCUCAAUAUGAAGUCCCUCCUCUCACGGUGUGGGGAGUGGCCCUCUGUGUUUCAGGAACCCUCAUCGCCGCUGAGAAUGCCAUCGUCAUCACCACCAUCCUGGCCACCCCGUCUCUUCGCGCCCCCGUCUUCUUGCUACUAGCCAGCCUCGGACUGGCUGACCUCCUGGCAGGUGUGGCCCUCAUCCUGCACUUCCUCUUCCUGUUCUGCGUAGAGCCCAAUGAUUGGUCGGAGCUGCUGACCUCGGGUCUGCUGGUGACCUCGCUCACCGCCUCCCUCUGUAGCCUCAUGGGUGUCGCCCUGGACAGAUACCUGUCCCUGAGCCACGCCCUCACCUAUGGCUCUGGUCAAUCGCGUCGCAGAGCCGCCAUCCUCCUGCUGCUGGUCUGGUUGGGCGCCGUGCUAAUCGGGGCGGGACCGGCGAUGGGAUGGCACUGCCUGGAGGAGCCAAACUCCUGCUCUGUAGCACGGCCUCUGACUCGGACCUAUCUGUCACUGCUGUGUGGUGGCUUUCUCGUGGUUGUCGUGGUCACCCUGCAACUGUACGCCGGAAUCUGCCGUGUGGCGAGGCGGCACGCCCACGCCAUCGCCACCCAGAGGCACUUCCUCCCCUCCAAUCAGCCAUAUGCAAGCAAACACAGCAGCGGCAGGGGCUUCUCUCGCUUGAUCCUGGUCCUCAGCGUAUUCGUGGGCUGCUGGAUGCCUUUCUCACUGUGGGGGCUGCUGGGAGAUGCAUCCAGCCCUCCUCUCUACACCUAUGCCACCCUGGUGCCAGCAGCAGGCAGCUCCCUGCUGAACCCCAUACUCUACAGUCUGAGAAACAAAGACAUUCGCAAGGUGCUGCUCCACGCCUGCUGCCCACACAGAUACUCACACAGCUCACACAUCCACUACCCUGUUGACGUGUAGACUGCCAAACCUCCGCAGACUUGAACCAACACAGAAAACUAUGCCAGACAUAUCACUGUUUGUGUGCCAAGAUCCACACAUAGCUGCACUGACUGAUAUCCAGACCCAGAACACCAAGUCUCAAACACAAUACAUACUCCCACAUACAUACACACACUAUCACACGCAGAACUUUUCAGAGAUGAAGUCCUUCUACAAAUCAGAAUGUACUGAACUGUCCGGACCGACUGCGAUCUUGAGACUGAAGAUUUAACGUACUGUCCUGCGUGUACUUUGUGCCUCAUCCUCAGUCAAUUGUAGCUCCACUGGAAGAAUGAAACAAUAACAGGGACAUCAAUCAAAAGUGAAAUUAUUGAGUAUUGGCACUUUAAGACAAGAGGAAGACAUGGGUGUUAAAAGGAAGCCUAUCACAGUGUAGUAACAUAUGUGACCCAAAGCCCGAUUUUAUUUACUUGAAUGUCUAGAUAAACACAAUGUUCUAGAUCUUUGAGAAUAUAUUUUGCACACACUGUUCAAGGCACUUUGAAAGUUACUGACCAUAUGUUCGUGUUGCACAACCUUUUUGAAAUGAAUGAAUAUUUUAUACCGAUGAAUAAUAAAUAUGCUUUUUUUCUA